AAAACAGCCGCAAUAUCUCCAGAAAACACACAGGGCUCGUAGACUACGGUGCGCGAAUCUGAUAGAGGACGCAAGAGGAAGGAAGGUAAAUGGAGGGAAGAAGAGAAGAGAGAGGAAGAUAAAAACAGGGUGAAGACACCGAUAACUAUAUCUCCUCGCCUGAGGGAAAAAAAAUAAGCUAAAACGAAAAAGAAAACCGGAGGAACCAACCACUCCUCUCCCCUUUAUAGUUCGUCUGUUGUUAUUAAGGGGCGGGAAAUGUUUUCUCUCGUCCUAGACCUACACUAACGGAAAUCUGUACCGCUGGCAACUAUGGGAAACAGGACAGCCAGAGACUGAGAUACCUAACAGGCAACAACCCCCCAAAAAUCAACAAAAAUAAACAAGUUAUCGGAACCGUUUGGGAAUGCACAAGAGGGGACUGCGCUAGGAGGACUCAUAACAGACCGUUGUAAUAGCAUCGUGAAUAACCCAUUUGUCAUGGAGUUCCUAAACGACUCGUUGGUCAGUGGAUCAGACCUGGACCUGGACCUGAGAGCCCUCCACUUCUACAACGACUCUCUGCUCUUCCAGAACAACUUCAGCGGCGGGUACAACGAGACAGACGCCUUCCUGCCUGCCGGUGUCAAGAUCACCAUCGUUGCAGUCUACAUGAUGGUCUGCGUGGUGGGGCUUGUGGGUAACUGUCUGGUCAUGUACGUCAUCAUCAGGUACACUAAGAUGAAGACAGCCACCAACAUCUACAUAUUUAACCUGGCCCUGGCUGACUCCUUGGUUCUCGCUACCUUACCCUUCCAGGGAACAGACUUGUUCCUGGGCUUCUGGCCGUUCGGUAACGCCCUCUGCAAGGCCGUGGUCUCCAUCGACUACUACAACAUGUUCACCAGCACCUUCACUCUGACCGUGAUGAGCAUGGAUCGCUACGUGGCCGUGUGCCAUCCGGUCAAGGCCCUGGACAUGAGGACGCCCCACAAGGCCAAGGUGGUCAACAUCUGUGUGUGGGUCCUGGCGUCGGCGAUAGGGGUACCGGCCAUGGUGUUGGGAGAUGUGGAGGUUGAACAUAACAGUGUAGAGUGUAUCGUAGUCCUCCCAGACCCUCGUAGCUACUGGGACCCAGUGUUCGGCACCUGCGUUUUCCUCUUUUCCUUCCUCAUCCCGGUGGCCAUCAUCAGUGUCUGCUACAGCCUGAUGGUGAAGCGCCUUCGCAGCGUCCGCAUCCUGUCCGGCUCCAAGGAGAAGGACCGCAACCUGCGCCGCAUAACUCGCAUGGUCCUGGUAGUCGUGGCAGCCUUCGUGGUCUGUUGGACCCCCGUCCAGAUCAUGGCUCUGGCCCAGUCAUUGGGUUUCAACCUGAGUAGCCUCCUCACCAUGGCCCUGAUGCACUUCUGUAUCGCACUGGGCUACGUCAACAGCAGUCUUAACCCAGUCCUCUACGCCUUCCUGGACGAGAACUUCAAGAGGUGCUUCAGGGAGUUCUGCCACCCGGGUCCGUUCCGCCUGGACAGCCGGCAGCAGUCGGGUCGGAUGAGGAGCAUCGCCCGCGAGGUGGCCUACAAUUGCAAGACGGCGGAUGGGAAUACAAACCCCGCAUGACUAGGCGUGGAGCUGCCCCUGGUCUGCCAGGAACCCCAGAACAACCACCACCAAGGGACAGGGAACUCCAACAUGGAGCUCACCCAGAUCACUACCCUCUAGCAGCUUGUCGGCCCCCUGGGCUGGGGCCGAACGAGGACAGACCAAGGAAGAGGACUGGAGGGGGCCCAAGGCAGGGGCAGGGGCACUGUCCGAAUGGCCUGGUUGGGGCCGGAUCUAGGCCGGAGCUGUUUGGAGGCCGAACAGCAGUCUAACGGACCUUCUACUAGGGACUAAGGGGCUUCUCUGUGUCUUUAGUGAACAUGGAUGUUAUUUACAUGGAUGUCAUGUUGUCUUUAUUUAGUUGGUUUAAUCAUUUUCAGGUCGAUUAAGUUCAGAGUUUAGGUCUGUGUGCGUCAAGGACAAUUUCCGCGAAUGUCAACAGUUUUUGCUCACACUUAUCUCAACUCUGAGUCUGUUGAUUGGAUGAUUAAUUAUGUUGUCGUUGUCAUUGUUUUUCAUUAUGUUGUAUAGAUGCUUUUUUGUCUGUUUCUACGCUGUAGGUAAUUACUUUAAGUGGAUGUUAUUAGUUUAUUUCUGUUUUAUUUUGUUCGAGAGAGAAACAAUUUGUCUGAUUCCAUGGCCUUAAAUACCAAACAAAGUCUGUAUAAAUACUAUCCACUAUCCUGGAUAAAGUGUGUCAGUCCUUGAUGGUGCUGUACUGUAAGUUUCCUUGUUUGUUUUGUAUCACCUUGCAGGUGUUGUGUAGGAACGGGGCAACACAUCACAACAGACACUUGCUUGUUGAAGCCUUUAUUAUUCAUUGUUACGAUGAAAUAAUGGCAGAUGAUGAUGCCGCCUGAUGUUCCGUGUAUGAAUAUUUCUGCUUGUCGUCCUGUAAAAAUGAAGCAAAUAUAUUUUGUCUAUAAUUUGUUUGAAUCCAGGCUGCAUCACAUCUGGACGUGAUUGGGAGUCCCAUAGAGCGGCGCACAAUUGGCCCAGCGUCGUCUGGGUUUGGACGGUGUAGGCCGUCAUUGUAAAUAAGAAUUUGUUCUUAACUGACUAGCCUAGUUAAAUAAAGGUUAAAUAAAAAAAUUAUAAUAAUUACUCUGGAUACAUAACAUGGUGUUACCCUGGAUACAUAACAUGGUGUUACCCUGGAUACAUAACAUGGUGUUACCCUGGAUACAUAACAUGGUGUUACCGUGGAUACAUACCAUGGUGUUACCCUGGAUACAUAACAUGGUGUUACCCUGGAUACAUAACAUGGUGUUACCCUGGAUACAUACCAUGGUGUUACCCUGGAUACAUAACAUGGUGUUACCGUGGAUACAUAACAUGGUGUUACCCUGGAUACAUAACAUGGUUUUCCUCUAUAUACAGUGCCUUCAGGAAGUAGUCACACCCCUUUACUUUUUCCACAUUUUGUUGUGUUACAGCCUGAAUUUAAAAUUAAAUUGAGAUUGUUUUGUCACUGGCCUACACACACAAUACCCCAUAGUGUCAAAGUGGAAUUAUGUUUUUUGAAUGAAAAAAAAAACGGUAUUAAAAAUGAAAAGCUGAAACAUC